AUGGUAAGACUUAACAACCUUUUUAUCUCGGUACUUUUGAUCCAAGCUAGUGCUGUAAUAAUCAAUAUGUCAAAGUUUGCAUCUGGACUUGAUUUUGGAGCACCAACGCCGUCACAAGAGCCGCUCCCGGGACUAUAUAAAUUUUUGGAUGAAUGUGGAAAACAAAUCACAAAAGAGUGUGGAAAAGAAAUUUUCAAGUCAGUGUUCUUGAAGGGUAUUGUUGCUAAUGAUUGUUGUGUUGAACUAGUUUCGAUGGGAGAAACUUGCCAUAAUGAAAUGGUGAAGUACAUUGCCCAUGGACCACAAUUCAAAGCACAUUUAGAAAUGUAUUUAGCUAAGGGUGAGGAAGUGUACAAGAACUGCAUUGGUACACCAGUACCACUUGCCCGCUCAAUCAGAAUCUAG